AUGGCUGCGAACGUUCUUUCGCACCCUCACCGCUUCAUCCUAGUCUCAGACCUGGACUGGACCAUGGUGGACCACAACGAUAAGGAGAACAAGGCUCUGAACGCAUUCAAUCAGCUGUGGGAGUCAAAGUUUGCAAAGGACUCUCUGUUGGUCUUCUCCACUGGAAGGUCGCACGCCUUGUACAGCGAGCUCAGGAAAGAGGUCCCUCUGGGGAAUCCGGACGUGCUGGUGUGCUCUGUGGGCACCGAGAUCUUCUUUGAGGCUGCUGGGACCUCCCCAGAAGCCAACAAGGAUUGGGCCGCAGAGCUGGACCAGGGAUGGGACCGUGCCAAAGCCAUCGAGAUUGCUGGCAAAUUCUCAGAACUCUCCCCACAGGCAAGCUCCUCUUUGCCCAAAACCCAACACGAGCAGCGGCCGCACAAGCUGAGCUAUUACGUGGGAGUGAAGGGUGACGAGGCCAAAGGGGUCAUUUCCAGGCUGCAGGACGCUCUGAGCCAGGCAGGCGUGCGCGCAAAGCUCAUCUACAGCGGUGGAGUGGACCUGGACAUCCUGCCGGAGGGCGCCAGCAAGGGCAAAGGCCUGGAGUUCCUGCUCAGACAGAUCAAGGAGGCCGGCAAUGCCCCCAAGGACGGGGUGAUGGUGUGCGGGGACUCGGGCAAUGACGUUGAGCUGUUUGCUGUGCCCGGCGUGCGCGGCUGCAUGGUGGUGAAUGCGCACGAUGAGCUCAAGGACUGGUGCAACGCAAACGCCUCCCCCCAGAUCUUCCAGGCAAGUCAGCGGUGUGCCGGGGGAAUCUCUGAGGCUUUGGAACAUUUCAAGCUCAUAUCGCAGUGA